AACGAAAAGCUCUGGACGCUGAAAUGAAUUUUUUAAAUAUUAUCGUCUUUGAAAUAUAAACUAUUACAUACCGAUUACUUGGAGUAAAACAAUCUUACAACACACAAACGCUGAAUCACCGUGUGCUACCUUUACAGAUUUCUUCAUAGAGAAUUCCAUAAGGUUGCUUCAUACCAAAGAGCAGCAGUGGACAUGUGGCCAGCGAACAAUGUUCAUUUCGUGUUUGGAUGUAUCUGUUUAGUUCAACUAUUUGUGUUUGCCGUUUCACAGCAUGUCGCUUCAAGUAACCAAGACCUCACAAAGGAUUUGGGAAGUAUAAAAUUUUUAAACAAACAAAUAGAAGAUGGCUCAUCGAAACAAUCGGAUGACUCCUUAGAUUUUCAAAACAGUGAUACAUCAGAGAACCUAGGCGAUCUCUCGGAAUACGACAAACGUGCACUUGAUAGGUACUCAUUUUUUGGUGGGCUUGGAAAACGCGGAUUGGAUAGGUACAGCUUUUAUGGCGGACUAGGAAAACGAGCUUUGGAUAAAUUUGGAUUUCUGGGUGGACUAGGUAAGCGUGCUUUGGAUAGAUAUGGAUUUUUUGGUGGACUUGGAAAGCGAUCCCUUGACCGUUAUGGAUUUUCAGGAUCACUUGGGAAAAGGAAGCUGGAUAGAUAUUCAUUCAUGGGCGGUAUCGGUAAACGGAAUUUAGACCGAUAUGGCUUCGCUGGAAGUUUGGGGAAAAGAGCAUUAGAUACACACGGAUUUUCUGGAAGUCUGGGAAAGAGAAAGCUUGACAAGUUUGGAUUCAUGGGAGGUUUGGGCAAGCGUCGACUUGAUUCUCAUCGAUUUGUAGGAGGUAUUGGCAAACGAGCACUUGAUCGGUAUGGAUUUUUCGGUGGUCUCGGAAAACGUGCAGAUUCCUCGUCAGAUGUCCCAGAAGUGUUCGAAGAUAGAAAGUCUGAGCACAAACGGUUAUAUCCAUACUGGUACUACAGGCAAGGCGGAAGACCAAUACUUACCCAGACAAGGGGAAUAGAUCGAUUCUCCUUUGCCGCAAGGCUUGGAAAAAGAUAGUGCUAAUCACAACUCAAAUGGACAUCUGUGUUAACGGUCCAGAACAUUUUCAAACAUAUCUACAUAAUUGGUUAGAGUUUCCAGCCUUACGUAUAUACGUUAAAACUUAAUAACAACAGAAACUUUAGUUUGGUAAGGAAAUAAAAAAUUUCGAUAAUCAUGCGAGAGGCUAGCUUUGUUUUCAAUGAAAUGUUGAAUUUUGACAAGUUUCCGAAUAAGUAUUUGUCUUUUUUCUCUGCGCAUUCAAAAUUCACAAACGCCAACCGGAAGAAAGAUGUAAACUGACUACUGAGCUGUAUUUUGUUUCUGAAUUAAGAUUAGUUUUGCAAUAUUGCAGCGAACUCUUGUAUGUGCGUUUGUAGGAGAUUCUGUGUUAUGACCAUGUACAGUGGAGUCCAAUUCAUCUGAAUCCUAGUCACUACUAAACGAAUUAUCUGGAUGACACAAUAUGAAUUUUAAUUCGAUCCGCAGCAAACGAAAAACUCACCCUAUGCUUGUACUUCUUACAUACAAUUUCUACCAAUAUAUAUUGUCAUGUUAACUGAGGAAUAAGAACUCUUCAGUCAUAUUUUGGUAUAUACGUUAAAUAGUUACUAAUAAAUGAAGUUGAACAGAUA